GACACUCGGCUAACCCGGACUGCCAGCACUGACCGCAAAUAAAUAAGCCUGGUUUGAGAUGUUGCUGCAGAGGUGCCUGAGCAGAGGUCUGGGGCUCUGCCUUCUGCUGUUCGCUCUUCUUCACGACGCCACCGGCCAGAGAAGACAGACGGCACGGAGGAAAAACUACAAACUGAACGAUGAUGGAGGAGACAGUUAUGAGAAGAAGUCUCAACAAGCUGAAGGUUCAGCGUGCUCGCUGGCGGUGGCGUUCAUCCUGGACAGCUCUGAGAGCACCAAGCUGAUCCUGUUCGAGCAGCAGAAGGCCUUCGUGCUGAGGUUCAGCACCCGCCUCACCAUGCUGCAGGUGACCGGCUGGGAUCUGAAGGUGCGGAUCGCCGCGCUCCAGUUCAGCAGCUCCGUGUCCGUCGAGCACAGGUUCACGGACUGGAAAGACCUGGACUCUUUUCAAGGGAAAGUCGACGCCAUGGGCUACAUCGGCCAAGGCACCUACACCACCUACGCCAUCACCAAUGCCUCCCAGCUGCUGAUGCAGGAGACGCCCAAAGACAGCGUCAGGAUCGCGGUGCUGAUGACCAACGGGGUCGACCAUCCUCGUAACCCCAACGUGUUGGCGGCUGCAGCGGAGGCCAAAGGUCGCGGCAUCAGGCUCUUCACUGUCGGCUUGUCGGAUGUGGCCCAGCAGAGCGAGAACACCGACAAGCUCCGCGCCAUCGCCAGCUCACCUGCUCACCAGUUUGUCCAAAGUCUGCAGGACCCUCAGCUGGAGGAGAAGCUGCUCAAGGAGAUGGGAGCAGUUGCUCUUGAAGGGUGUCCGCAUAACCAGGUGUGUUUGUGUAAAAAAGGAGAGCGGGGCCUUCAAGGAAAACCUGGCCGUAAAGGAGAUCCAGGAGACAGGGGGCUGCUGGGUCUAAAAGGAGCGAGGGGCGAGCCUGGAUUUAACGGUCAACCUGGAAGUGACGGCCCUCAGGGACGUCCCGGCUAUAAAGGCAACAAGGGGGAGAGAGGAGAGUGUGGCGCUCCUGGAGAAAAGGGCAACACCGGAGCAGAAGGACCAACAGGAGCACCAGGACCGAAAGGAGAACAGGGUGUAACAGGACCAGCAGGAGACCCGGGUCCUGAGGGGCCACUGGGAUCCAAAGGAGACCGGGGGCCCAUCGGGGUGCCUGGACCCCCAGGAGACUUCAGGAUUGGAUUUCCAGGAACUAAAGGUGAAAAGGGCCUUCAGGGGAGACCCGGACCUUCAGGUCCUGCUCAGACUGGAGAACCAGGACUACCUGGAAUACCAGGACCACUCGGAUUACAAGGAAACCCUGGACCGCCUGGAGAUGGGUUUCCAGGACCAAAAGGGGAUCGAGGGUUUGAAGGUCCACGAGGAAACCGUGGGCCUCCUGGGGUUGGGGUCAAAGGUGACAAGGGUAAUCAUGGACCACCAGGGCUUCAAGGUCCGGUUGGUGCUCCUGGGUUUGGGCUUCAAGGUGAAAAGGGAGACCAGGGCCCAGUUGGACCUGCAGGACCAAGAGGAGCUCCAGGUGUUGGAGUACCAGGAUCGAAGGGGAACCAGGGCCCCCCAGGUGAGCCCGGGCAGCCAGGUGAGCGAGGGGUGGGAGCGCCAGGACCCAAAGGAGACCCUGGAGCUCAGGGUUCAGCUGGAGUACCAGGUCUACCAGGGGAGGAUGGAAGUCCGGGACAAAAGGGCGACACCGGUGCGUCGGGGCCCAGAGGGCCUGAGGGGGCUCCGGGUAAAGGAGCUCCUGGUGAGAAGGGAGACAAAGGGGACAGGGGGAGCCGGGGACAGCCUGGACCGUUCGGUCCUGAGGGGUCAACGGGGCCAAAGGGGGAACCAGGAAAACUUGGACUGCCAGGACCCAGUGGACCCCCAGGCAGGGGGAGUCCUGGUGCCAAAGGAGAACCGGGCCCAUCGGGUCCUGCUGGAGCUGUGGGAGAGUCGGGACUCGGUCUACCUGGACCCAAGGGCGACAGAGGACCACCAGGACCUCUUGGACUACCUGGACUGAAAGGUGAAGGGUUCUCUGGACCUCAGGGGCCUCCAGGACUUCCUGGUCUUCCAGGGGAGAUCGGACCUGAAGGCGUCGGUUUACCUGGACCAAAGGGGGACAGGGGCAUACCUGGACCACCUGGACCUGCUGGGCCACCAGGAGUUGGUCUGAUUGGUCUUAAGGGUUCUGUUGGUCCCACGGGUCCACACGGUCCUCCUGGGUUACCUGGAGAAGGAUCACAAGGUCAAAAGGGGGAGCCUGGAUUUCAGGGGAUUCCAGGACCCAGAGGUCCUCCAGGACAAGGUCUGCAGGGCGACAAGGGAGAACGAGGACUGAGAGGAGACAAAGGCAAGAAGGGAGACCGAGGAACACCUGGAGAGCCAGGAGACGCUGGACCUGCGGGCAGAGUUGGACAGAAGGGAGAACCGGGACUCACGAGGGAUGAGGUCAUCAGAAUCGUCAGGUCCAUUUGCAGUUGUGGGGUGAAGUGCAGCCAAACCCCGUUGGAGCUGGUGUUUGUGAUUGACAGCUCUGAGAGCGUGGGCCCUGAAAACUUCAACGUCAUCAAAGACUUUGUGAACGCCGCGGUGGACCGGGUGUCGGUCGGCGGGGACGCCGUGCGUGUAGCCGUGGUCCUCUACAGCCACAUCAACGCCGUGGUGGUCAGCCUGGAACAGGAAGCCAGCCAGGACGAGAUCAGGUCUGCGGUGCGCUCCAUGACCUACCUGGGCGAGGGGACCUACACCGGCAGCGCCCUCCAACGGGCCAACUGGGUGUUGGGGGCGGCCCGGGCGGGCGUGAGGAAGGUGGUGGUCGUCAUCACCGACGGGCAGGCCGAUCGGAGGGACCCGGUCAGUCUGGAGAGCGCCGUGACAGAAGCUAAAGAAAACGAAAUCGAGAUGUUUGUGAUCGGGGUGGUGAACGAGAGCGACCCUCUCUCCGAGCUCUUCAAGAAGGAGCUGAGCUUCAUGGCCUCGGACCCCGACAGAGACCACAUGGUCCUGGUCGCAGACUUUAACGUCCUGCAAGCUCUGGAGAAGAAGCUGCUGACCUGCAUCUUCCAGGACAGGAGGAACAAUUUAUUCGGCCCCAUCCCGAGUUUCAUGCUUCUCCCUGGGAUCCCAGAGGUCUUCGGUAACGUCCUUGAACCGCAACCGUACGAGACGGACGCAGACGUGCCCACCUUCACAGGAGACCUGGAGAAGGUCCAGACGAAGCCCGGCUCUCCGGCGUCCCACUCGGACAGGGUGCUGGUCCACCCGCACAGACCGAAACCAGACGAGGACAGAACCACCUCAGAGACUCAGAGGUUCCCGUUCUUUGACAGGGAACCCUUCAGACCCGUAACGGAGUUCCUCCCACAGUUUGACAUAAACAAACUCUACAUGACUGAAGCCGUGGGGCCGGAUGGUUCCACACAGAGGGCCCCGACUAAGAAAGAGCUGCCAGUACCAUGGCCACCAUCUCCACCACCUCCACCACCGAGGCCCUCAGACCCCCACACAUCAGCGGAGGGCUGCAGCCAGAUCCUGGACCCAGGACCUUGCCGGGACUACGUGGUGAAGUGGUACUACGAUGAGACGUCGAACGCCUGCGCUCAGUUCUGGUUCGGAGGCUGUCUGGGAAACAAAAACCAGUUUGAGACCGAGGAGAAGUGUCUCAAAACCUGCGUCAAGUUCUAUUGA